CAUUGGCCCAUAUGAGCCACGUAAACCACUGGUAUUGGAAGCAACAUUUCUUAUUGUGAGAAGGCUAGUAGCAGAAUAGAAGCUCGACCGGCAUUGAGAAGAAAAAGGACGGAGCACGGAAGAAUAUCAACUGAACUUCGCCCAAACCCUAACCCUAAGAGGACGGAAUGACUCAAGAGGUGGAGAUGAAAGAGGCGCAGGCGGUCUCCAACACAGUAUCCUCGGCCUCCUUACCAUCCACGCUUCAGCAUCUGAAGGAGAUCGCAUCUCUUAUCGAGACUGGGGCCUAUGCGAAGGAGGUGCGGCGGAUCGUGCGGGCUGUGCGCUUAACGAUCAUGCUUCGUCGAAAGCUGAAAGCUGCCACUUUGUCGGCUUUCCUCAACUUUGCCCUCGCUCCGGGCUCAGAAGCUCAUUCCAAGUUGUCUUCCUACCUGCCUAAGGAGGAUGAUCGUGAUAUGGAUGUUGAUACUGCAUCUUCAGCUGCACAAGGUCCUAAGCAUUCCCUGCCUGAUAUUGAGAUAUACUGUUACUUGCUGGUUCUUAUUUUUCUGAUUGAUCAGAAAAGAUAUGACGAGGCUAAGGCUUGUUCCUCUGCUAGUAUUGCUCGCCUUAAAAACAUAAACAGAAGGACUGUUGAUAUUCUGGCGUCUAGGCUAUAUUUUUAUUAUUCAUACAGCCAUGAACUCACAAACAGUCUUGCUGAAAUUCGUGGAAACCUUCUUGCCCUUCAUAGAAUGGCCACCUUAAGGCAUGAUGAGCUGGGUCAGGAAACCCUUCUUAAUCUUCUUCUUAGGAACUACCUUCAUUACAAUUUAUAUGAUCAAGCGGAAAAGCUAAGGUCCAAGGCGCCACGUUUUGAAGCCCAUUCAAAUCAACAGUUUUGCAGAUAUUUAUUCUAUCUGGGCAAGAUAAGAACCAUUCAGUUGGAGUACACAGAUGCCAAAGAAAGUCUCCUUCAAGCUGCUCGGAAGGCACCAGUGGCAGCUCGAGGCUUCAGAAUUCAAUGCAACAAGUGGGCCAUCAUUGUACGAUUACUUCUUGGCGAGAUACCCGAGAGGACUGUUUUCAUGCAGAAAGGAAUGAAGAAAGCUUUAACUCCCUACUUUGAGCUUACAAAUGCUGUAAGAAUUGGUGAUCUGGAGCUUUUCAGGACUGUUGCAGAGAAAUUUUCUAGCACCUUUAGCUCGGACAGAACCAACAAUUUAAUUGUGAGGCUGCGGCACAAUGUGAUUCGGACCGGACUGCGCAACAUCAGUAUUUCUUACUCCCGAAUCUCUCUUUCCGACGUCGCGAAGAAGCUGAGGUUAGACUCUGAUAACCCUAUUGCUGAUGCCGAGAGCAUUGUCGCCAAGGCCAUCCGAGAUGGCGCAAUCGAUGCGACGAUUGAUCAUGCAAAUGGAUGGAUGAUAUCGAAGGAAACUGGCGACAUCUACUCCACAAAUGAGCCUCAGAUUGCUUUCCAUUCCAGAAUUGCUUUCUGCCUAAACAUGCAUAAUGAAGCAAUCAAGGCGCUGAGGUUUCCACCCAAUUCCCAUAAAGAGAAAGAAAGCGCAGAGAAGAGAAGGGAAAGGCAACAGCAGGAGCAGGAGCUUGCCAAGCACAUUGCUGAGGAGGAAGAUGAUGAUGAUUUCUAAACCUGCAAUAUCUAUUGAGGGCCUUUCAAUCUGCAUCAUUACUUUAUUGCAUAUGAUUUCAAUGGAUUUUGCUAUUUGAUUUGGAUUAUGAGUUUUUAUUUCCAUGAUUUGAAUUUGGAUUGGUAUUCAAAUCAAGAGCUCUUAGCAAAAGAAACUAAAAGUAUAUUAAUCUUCUCUUUCUGUUGAUGGAACUGAGCAGUCUUCUCCUGUAUUCAUCUUGCUUCAUUGUCUGCUA